CUUUCAGCUGGCCACUCUUCUCCUCUUUACCCUGGUUUACAUAAAAAUCGCGCAAUCCUCGAGCCUUGAACUCCAUCUAUCCGAGUGUUUCGACCUCGAAUCUUCAUUCAUACUCGCACCGUCUAUCAUGGCUCCAUUUUCUAAACGCAGGCUUUUUCGGAAGAUCUUUCGAAGAGAAUUGCCAAACUUACCUGAGACGGGUAGUCCGGGAGAGAGCUCGCUCAGCCGCCCUUCUACACUGUACAAAAAUCAACCGCCUACCGUAACUCGAGAUAGCCACUCUCUGCCUGUUACUUUAGCCUCUCAAGAUCAAAUUAUAAGAAAUAGGCUUGGGGAGGAUGUCUCUGAUUCAAGAUCGUCGCUAGGGAAUAUCGGGCUCCAGCUUUUCAGUACCGAACAUUUGAGCCAAGACAAAGUCAAGGUGAUCAAAUCGAAGUUGGAGGACGCCACAGAAAGGCUCAAUAACACAAUUAUCGAGCAUGAAAGACGUAAUAACACAAUUAUCGAGCAUGAAAGACGUAAUAAAAACCAAGGAGUUGAGUUUGAUACUGAGGAUAUGAUAAAGGCUAUGCAGAAAGCUGGCACUUCACCAGAAUCCGGGAUAGUGUUCGGGGAGUAUAUUGAAGGAGUUGUGGCCAGACAACGGUUCCUACGAGACGAGACGACACGUGGGAAAUUAACACACUAUGCAGCGAAGCUAUACCCCGUCACUAGAAUGGUUCUCGGGGUCGUUUCCUUCAGUGCGGAUGCUGCAUCUUUUUCACCCGUGAAAAUCGCCGCCAACGGCUUGCAGCUAGUUCUUUCGGCUGCCAUGGACGUGCACGAGCAGGGAGAAGAUAUUAUACAACAAUUAGAAGCGUUGAAUGACUAUGGGCCAUUUCUCGAGAAUCUCCGCGAACUCGAUAAUAGUUCCCAACUGGUAGAACGAGCAUGCGAAUUCCUAAUAGAGACUACCAACUUCCUAAAUGCGAGCCUAGAGCAUUUAGACAAAUCAACACUUCGUAAAGCAGUCAGCGAGUCGUGGGUUAUGAGUAAGGAAUCAUUUGAAAGUGCUCGCAAGAGGUUAGACGAGCAAGUUGAAAGAGACAUGCAAAUCAACCUCUUCAAAUGGAUCAAGCAGAACAAAGACGAUAGGAUUCUGACCUCCAUAUCAGUGGAUACAUCCUAUAGAGAGAAGCAGCAACAAUAUUCAGCCCGGCGAAUGCCCAAUAUAGGGCAAUGGGUAUUGGACAAUGAGAACUUCAGGGAGUGGAGGGAAUGGGAAAGGGAACGUCCAACUGAUAACGCCAGAGUCUUGUGCUGUACUGGAUUGCUUUAGCUGGGGCUGGAAAGACAUUUAUUGCGUCUCAAAUUGUGACACAUCUCGAGGAAAGAAGACUUAGAAAUGCUUUCCAAAACCCCAAGGACAAAAUUGGCAUUGCCUA